CUGGUCUCACUAAAAAGAAAAGUGCCGUUCAUGCUGAACCAAUUUGCAAAUUGAGCUAAUAAAAUUUGUGCAUUUCCUAAAUUAAACAUUAGCCAGUCCUUGCAGUGAUUCUCGAGCGUUGUAGGCUCACAAAAGCAAAAAAAAGAAAAACCCAAUUGGAAAAAAAUAUCUGUUUAAAAAAAGUUUCGCACGAAAAUGCUCGCCGAAAUGAACGACUCGGAAAAUGCAGACCAAGGCCAACUGAAGUCCACCGAGGCAGCCGUGAAACGUGCUCCCCUGGUCGAUCUGCAGAAUCGCGGCAUCGUGGCCAUUCCGCAGGAGGGCCCGAAGACACGGACUAUUAUGGAGCUGCAGGUUGUCGGCAACGGCAUGGCCGGGCGUGCCCCGACUGUGGUGAACGACCUGUCCUUUUCCGGCCGGCCCUUUGAUUUAAUCAAAGAUAUCGAUGCCGACGACAAGGAGGACCUCUGGUGCGUCUAUCCGUACGUCAACGAUAUUUACAGUAACUUCUUCCGGCUGGAGGCCAUGCAGCCGAUUCGCGUCAACCAUCUGGCCGGGCAGAUGGCUGUGACGGGCAAGAUGCGCGCCACCCUCAUCGACUGGAUCAACGAUCUGCACUUCUAUUUCAAAAUGGACGACGAGAUCUUUCAGCUGACCGUCGCCAUUAUCGAUCGCUAUCUGCAGGCGGUGAAGAACACGAAGCGUUCCGAUUUCCAGCUGCUGGGCCUAACGGCCCUAUGCUUGGCCAGCAAAUAUGAGCAGCACUCCAAGAUAAGUCUACAGCAGUAUGCCAAAAUCACCGAAAAUACCUACACGGUCGCCCAGUUCCGUCAGAUGGAGCUGAAGGUGUUGAAGGGAAUCAAGUUUGAUCUGUCACGUCCGCUGCCGAUGAACUUUUUGCAGCGCUUCUGCAAGGCCGCCGCUGCUACGGACAGGCAGAUCUGCAUGUGCAAGUACUUUGUGGAAUUGUCGCUGCUUGAUUACGAUAUGGCCCACUAUAAGCCAUCGGAGAUUGCUGCUGCCUCGCUCUACCUGACGCUGAACCUGCUCAACGGCGAUGGCGAGGGCGUGGCCGAGGGCACUGGCAUCAGUCUCGACGAGAAGUACUGGACACGCACACUGGGCUACUACACCCGCUGCUCGGCUCGCCUUCUGAAAUCCAUCGCCCGGCGCAUCUCCAAGCUGCCACGCAAGGCAAAAAAGGACGAGCUGCCGGCCAUCUACAACAAGUUCAAGACUGAAGCCUAUGACAAAAUCUCUCAAUGUGCGGAACUGAACGAAUGGAAGCCCAAGGGACGCCCCCGUGGCCAUGCACCCGAAAAGACAGCUUAAUACACAAAUUUCAAUUGAAGGUGCUAUGCCCCGUGCCGCAAUCGGCAUACUACACGGUGCAUCCAAAAGCCACAUUCUAUCCAAAUGCACUUCAAAUAAAACAAUGAAAAAAACAAUGAAAAAACAAAACAAACAAAGAGAGAGCUACGAGACAUUUUCCUGGCGAACAGAUCGCCAUGUCGCACAAUUAUAGUACAAUUUAAUUACCUCCAAUUAAAAUACAAAUUAUACAACAUUUUACACAAAUAACUUUUACACCAUUAUAUAAAAUCACAUCAAUCGAUGUCACUACACAAAAAGGAAUAUUAAAUUGCAUGAGCAGCAUA